AUGCUGGCUUUUGAAAGCCAUAUCGAUUCAACCUACACACGUCAAAAGGCAAAAGAUCUUGCUAAAAAAUUUAUCCCUGGUGAACUAUGCACAGUGUGCGGUGACGUGGCGUCAGGAAUCCAUUACUCGGUGGCUGCUUGUAACGGGUGCAAAACUUUUUUUCGUAGAGUCGUUUUAGAGAAUCGAACAUAUUCCUGUAAAAAUAACGGUGACUGUAUAAUUGACAAGUCGAUGAGGUGUUCCUGUCGACAUUGUCGAUAUAAAAAAUGCAUAAUGGCCGGCAUGGAUCGGGCAGAAUUGAGUAUGGAACGAAGGAGGAAACGAAAAAAGCUGAAUGGAUUAGAAGGAUCAGAGGAGAGUUGGGAAACUGAAGAUCCGCUGAUCAAUUUGUUGCUUAUGAAGGAGGCACUGUAUCAAAAACUGUUACAUUCCUCUGCGAUGACAAUACACACAUCUUUACGAGAAGCACUGGAUAUGACACAAAUUGCUUUCAAUGAUAAGAACAGCAAGUAUGAAUCUCGCAUGGAUCCUAAGUAUCCAACCAACUUCUCAUUUUGGCGUGCGAAAAUACUCACUGUUCUUGUGGAAUGGGCAAAGUCUUUUGAGGUAUUUGCUCAUUUGAUGCCAGAAGACCAAAAACGACUGUUCAUCCACACCGCAUUUUCCAAUUUAGUACUAGCAGAAGCAUUUCACACUCCGGAGAAAUACAACGAUCGGAUUGUGUUUCCUGAUGGAUUGUGUGGGUUUCGAAACGUAGCACAAUCAGUGUCAAGCGAUGGUGUAUCGAACAAGACGUAUGGAUUAACACCUACGGUGGUAGCAGUAAUCAACGAUGUUCUUGUACCGAUACGAAGGAUGCGGUUAACGAAAGUUGAAUAUGUGCUUCUGCAAGCAAUUAUUUUUUUCGAUCCAGACUGUCUGUCAUUAACAAAGCACGGUGCCCAAAUUAUUGCUGCCAAACGGAAACGACUUCUAGAUUCCCUCCAACGAUGGCUUCAAGCUCAAACCAAAGAUGCUAUUGAAGCAUCAACCAGAUUCGCGGAAAUCCUGCUCAGAAUAUGUAAUGUACAGAAAGUCGCAGCAUUCAAACGAGAAACGUUAUGCACCAUCGAAACCUUCGAAUUGAUGCAACCACAUCCGUUUACGAUGGAAAUAUCAAAAAGUUAUCCGGAUUUCUCUUAUUUCUAG